CUAGAUUAACACGUUCCCAGAAGCACAAUGUGCUCGAAAUAAUGGCACAGACUAUUUACAGCUUCAAGCCAUACCCUAGCAAUACUGAUCUUUGUAAGGCUUCGGAAGCAUUGAUUACUGCCCACCCAUGCCUCAAAGAACUUGGAAGCAAGACUGGCUGGUACGGCUGGAAGGUCAGUUUGGCCUUCAAGAUGGGUAACUACAGACAGAAACUGGCCAAAUCGGGGUGUGCUGAGGUGUCCAUCAAUGCAGGAAAGAGAAGCAAGAACAACCCUGACAGCGAUCACCCCCAUGCCAAUAUUAAGCGAGCUCGUAGGUCGGAAGUGAACUUCCUACCCAACUUCCCAACUGGUGAAAACCAGGCCAGUCUUGACCUGAUGAGACUCGAGAUAAUUGAAGAGACUGACAAGUCGGAGAAGAAUGUGCAAUUCAUCGAAAAGCUGAUGCAGACAACCUUCGCUUUACGACGACAAGACAUCAUCAAAAGUGAAUUGCCAGUAAAGGACUUGCUGCGCAGCUGGCCAGCUCUGCAGUUGGAAUCGCAGGUUCUCUCAGAAUUCCAUCGUAUCACUAAUGUGAACCUGCGCAGCACAUUCUACGCUGAACUUGACAGACACACACCACGACUCCUCAACUUAUACAGACAAAAGGCAGUACGCACCGGCAAGUUGGCGGAGGCUCUACGGGCUACCCUCGCCGCUUAUGAUCUUCAGGAAGAACAUGAUGUCAUCUCGAGACGCACCCUGUCGCUGUGUGCCCUGCCGGUGUACCUGCGAGAAGAUGUAUCUGCCUUCUUUCAGACAUUCAAUGAGGAGGAGGAGCCUGAUUACCAUGAUGUCCCUCUUGCUCUUGGCAUAACUGGCGCAGACCCCUUCAGCUGCAAGAAGUUUACAGUCGUCAUUGAAGGCAAUGCUGUUUUUAACGAGGUCCCCACAAUUCCAGAUGCAUUCAUGUUGUUGUUUGGGCUGACUUAUGUGUUCAAUUUGGAAUACCCUAAGAGCCUCUUGAACACAUUCACAAUGAUCCAGAAAAUGUUUGUUUGUCUGGAUGAUGGCAAACCACUCAAACCCUGCCUAAUGACUUUGAAAGAAGAUUUGCUACUGCAGUAGUGCGUGUUUGUAACAUUUGCGCGCACACACACACACACACACACACACACACACGCUCAUGUCACACAGCACCCUCUAGAUUUGCUACUGCAGUAGUGCGCUUUAGUAGCAUUUGCACACACUCUCUCACACACACACAUACACACACACACACGUAUGCUCAUGUCACACGACGCCCUUUAGAUUGGCUACUGCAGUAGUGCACGUUAGUAGCAUUUGCACACUCUCUCUCACACACAAACACACACACACACACACACACACGCGGGCGCGCAUAUGCUCAUGUCACACGGAACCCUCUAGAUUUGCUACUGCAGUAGUGCACGUUAGUAGCGUUGCGCGCGCACACACAAGCGCUCGUGGCACAUGGCACCCUCUACACAGCGGCUGAAAUAUAGCUGAAGCGGCGGAACAGGGACCUGUUACCUGCCAGUUGUACUGUACAGUAUUCGAAUGCCAUACUUACCAGAAUGCUUCAACUUUUUUUCUCUCUCUAUAGUACAAUACACAUAUACACCUGCACGCACACACACGUGCCCAAAUUCAGCUUAUUACUCUUGGGACAAUGCACGCACGCGCGCACACACACACACACACACACACACUCUUCAGCUUAUUCCCCGCAUUUAGGACCUCAGGGCCAUUACUUAAACAGACAAACACUCACACAUAAGUUAGGCUUAUUCCCCGCAUACAUGACCACACGC